AUGACCCGCACCCUCAGCAAGGUCGUCUACCAUCCCGACCCCACCACGACUGACGAGUAUACGAUCAUUGUCGACCCCGCUGAGUACAAGAAAUGGAAAGAAGGAGGUACGUCUAUUCCAUUAACAGAAGUCGUUGACUCUUUCGAAGUCUUCUUCUCAAAUCAGGGUGCACAGGGCAUCCUUGGCAAGCCAUCGAAACAGCAGCUCGAGAAUGAUUUUGGCGUCUCGAGAGACGUCGACGUGAUCACACAGAUCUUGGAGAAGGGCCAGGAGCAGUCGGGCAAGGCAUACACAUCUGGAGUUGUUACCCAAAACAUUGCGAAGGGAAGCGCAACUAUUGACACUAGGGGCAAGACGCUAUCAGGUGUGUGA